UAUUCGCCAUUGAAAAUUCUACAAGAAGCACCCACGCAGGUUACGCGCAGCAUUUCAGUUUUUUUAGAGCAUUUUCAGAACGGAAUAAUGGCAAAUAAAUCAGUCAAAUCGAAGACGAAGACCAAAUACACGGACCUACACGAUAUAAUUGACUAAAUAGAUAGAGAUAGUGAAAGUGAACACCAAAAUGAAUCGGAAAGUGAGAAUGAAUCCUUUGAUUCUGAAUUUGAGGAAAUGUUCCUCUACGGGGAAGACGCUGUUUUGGAUCGUCCCAGCGAUUCUGAUUGGGAGCCAAGGUGCAAAUCCCCCACUGAAGCUGGUCCAUCCAGCUGGACCCCUGCUGUUUCCGGCACCACACCUACCUCCGCCCGGUCAUCAAGGGGUGGUAAGCCGGCGGCAAAGAAGCGGAGGAAGGACAGCGUGGAACCGUCCAGAGCGUCCAGCGUAGAACCUGCCAGAGCGGAGGAGGACCGUUGGCACUCUGUUCUGGAGGAGGAUGUGGCCCCACCACCUCCAGUUUUCCGACCAAAACGCCCAGUAGGCCCUCAAUUGGACCUAACUUCCAAGUACAGCCCCAUGCAACUUUUCCAGUUGUUUUUCACCUCGGCAGUUGUUGAUACCCUGGUGAUGAAUGCGAAUAAGUACGGCGCUAAGAAGCAGGAAGGCAAGACAGAGGCAUGGAAGGCCAUUUCCAUGUCAGAUCUGUUUUGCUACCUUUCUAUGGUCAUCUACAUGGGGCUGGUGAAGUUGAAAACCCUGAAAGACUACUGGAAAACUGCACCCCUCUAUCAACUGCCUUUCCCCUCAACGGUCAUGUCUUGCAAAAGGUUUCUGACAAUUUCACGGGCGCUUCACAUCAGUGACCCAGAAGUUGAUAAGGACAGCGAGACGAAACGAGGCACGGCAGGGUUUGAUAAGCUCUGCAAGAUUAAACCUCUCUACCACGAUAUCAUUGAGGCAUGCAAGACUUAUUUUCAGCCCGCCCAGAACCUUUCCAUAGAUGAGAGAAUGGUAGCCUCAAAGGCCAGAAUUGGACUAAACAGUACAUGCGUAACAAACCGACAAAAUGGGUUUACAAACUGUUUGUUUUGGCCGAUUCUGCGUGUGCAUACACAUGCAAUUUUUUUUGUCUAUGAGGGGAAGCACAUUUGUGCAAGCGGUAAGGGACUUAGCUAUGACUCUGUGAUGCAGUUAUUAGAUUUCCAGUUGCUAGGGAACAGCUACAAACUAUUUGUAGACAACUUCUACACAAGCCCUACCCUGUUCACAGACCUGAGGAAGCUGGAGAUAUGGGCCUGUGGCACCAUUUGGACCAACAGAGUGGGCUUUCCAAAAACCAGGGUGAACGACACUUCUAAGCGGGCUGAGCGGGGUACCAUGAGAUGGAUCCGUGAAGAUGGCCUGCUCUUUGUGAAGUGGAUGGACACCAGAGAGGUAGUCAUGUGCUCCACUAUUCACAAGUCCUUCGGUGGGGAUCACGUUGUUCGACGUUUGAAAGGUCCUACAGGCGCUUGGACCACCAAAAAUGUCCCCAUUCCAGCUGCUGUGAAGGAUUACAACAAGAGCAUGGGAGGUGUAGACCUAUCGGAUGCGCUGAUAGGCUACUAUAAUGUUCUUCACAAGACCAUGAAAUGGUACAAGACUUUGUUUUAUCAUUUUAUUGACAUUGCUGUGGUGAAUUCCUUCAUCCUCCAGAAGGAAAUGGCCAAGAACUGUGGACAGCCCCCCAUCUCGCAGCUAGCCUUCAGGGAGCUGCUCAUCCAGGAGCUUGCUAACUACAGCAAGAACACUGUAGCGCCUUCUGUCCCCUCUACCUCUGUCCCUUCUGCUCCAACCAGUGGUACGCACAUGCUGAAAUUCAUCAUUGCAGGCAGGAAUGUGCCUCAGGGAAAAAAGGCUCAGUAGGGCGGCUUCGUUGUGCCCUGUGCCAUAAGAAGUCCCCUGUCACCUGCACCACCUGUUCUGUGACCCUCUGUUUUCCACCAGAGAGAGACUGCUAUGGGCUAUGGCAUCAGGAGCGCAACAUUGUGUAGAGGAUUGAGAGUCUUCACAUGAUUGAACAUUGAAGUGUAAAUAGUUACCCUUGAUAUUUUUUUGGUUGUUGAAAUAUUCAUAUUUUUUUUCUUGAAUUUUCCAAAUAUAUAUGUUUUGGGGUAUGUUAGAAUAAUUGUUUUGUAUUUUGUAUAUAGUUAUUUGUAUCAAUGUACCAAUUCGGCCACUUGGGUACAUUUGGGAAACUUGUGAGGGACACCUGGGUGACUUCAUGCUCAAUGGCAUGUACCUCACUCAUUCCUGAAGGUAUCUAUCUGAAACUUUGGUCAAAUACUGUUGCCUACUUAUAUUCUGAUUUGAAAUGAUCCCCAGUAUCAUAACUGAAUGUUUGGCCUUUCUGUUGAUUUUAAAGAUGCAACAACAGUAAAAGAACAAAAAACGUC